CACUCACCUACAUUGAUUCAUUCCAGCUAAACUCCAGCUCAUGAUCAUGUCUACCACCUCAGACUCGGAGUUCUCCACUGAUGUUAUCAACAAGCUACUCAAGCAUUUUCAAGAGCCCGAGCACUCUGGUGUACAAUAUAGACGUAACGAGCUACGAGAUCUUCCCUCCGUCAAGCUCCCCACGGAAUAUGUCGUCCGUCGCAAUCGCUUUUCCACACAGCCGAUGAAUAGGCCCCCAAAGGUCUGUUUUGGCUAUGGGAUAUUCUUUAAAGACCUCUUCCUCUAUGCGUGUCGCCAUCCCGGAGUGUUCAAAGAAGCGAGCACCUCUCCAGCCGACCUGCUCUCAGUCAGAAGUCGUCAAAUGCGUAGGUAUUAUCUUGAAGGCAUCUGUCUGUUGGCAAGGAUGCACCUCUCGACGGUGUUGGAAUGCCCGCAGCUCCUUGAUGUUCCUAUCCAGAGCGCCUCGGUCGACUACGAGCUAGCUAUUGCGUUAUACGACAACUACAGUAUACACAAGUUUGAGGAGAAGAGACGGCGGAGCGAGAUACUGGCGAGACUUAAGGAGGAACUCGAGAUUCCAGAGGCGGAGCAAGCUAUGUGGUUCAUUGAAAAUUAAAGAAUCUGGGACUUCGUUAUGCCUUUGGGUAGAUCUAUAAAACUCAAACCUAUCGUGAACUAUCUUGCUUACCACCCUCGUUUAGUACGUCUGUUCUUGCAUGGUGUGCCAACCCGCUUGUAUUUGUUCUUCGUCGUUUACAUCCGGGUAUUUCUACUGUUUUGACGCAGCGCCUAGAACUGUAUAAUGAUACCACCGAAUUCCA